UCUCUGUCAAAAGGUUCAUGUUGAAGUUGAAAUUAAAUGUUGACGGUUCGGUGGUCUAGUGUGAUAAGGAAUCGCCGUUUGCCUUAGAAUAUAAUGAUGAGAUACAUAAAAGACGCAUCAUGAGGCCGGAGUUUAGCUAAGAGUCAAUAUAUUAAAGAAAAAUUGGAAUCAUGAGCGGUCAGUUGAACUUUAAAGUGAGACCAGAGGUCCGUCUGGAUGCCAAGUGGCUGAAGAUGGACCUGCAGCGGUUCAUGUGCAAAGAUGGUCUUGCAGACCUUUGGAACGAGAUGAUUAGAGAUGGAGAAAUCGUUGGUGCCUUUAGCGAUGGUCUGGUGAACUCGGCUGGUGUUAUCGCCAAAAAAGGAGAGAAUGGUCAUUAUUAUUGUAGUUUAAGAGUGCUGUCUUGUCCUUGUUGCGAUGGCAUUUGUGGCCCACAAAAUGGAUGUAAUUGCGGUCCUUGCCAAAAACUGGACGACGAAGAAGAAGACGGAAUUGUUACCAGUGAAAAAUCUAUUCCUGCUCAAAAUACCAUAAAUUCUUGGCUGUGGAGUUCUCAACCAUCCAACAAAGAAUUGAGUUUGUGCAUCGAGUCGCUCAUAAAAGAGCAAAGAAAUUUAUGCCACGAAGUUGCCAAUAGUACACUGUCGGCAAUCAGAUUAAGACAGCGCCUAGUUAUUGCCAGAAGAUAUUUUACUGCCUUGUCGCGACACAAACCUCAGGAGAAUAAGGAAAUGGCGACAACUCCUAAAACAGCAGUCAAAACACAGAAAAAAAUAAAACCCAGUGAAAAAGCAACAGCCGGCCUAGCGCGUGUAGGUUCCCACGCAAUCCUCAAUAUUUCGUUUGCGUAUCUGAGAAAGGCCUGGAGAUCUGGUGAAGACGUCGACUCUUGCAGUGAACUGUUGACAGAGUCCUUGGAAGCCUUGCAAUCGUUGUCCGAAGCCACGCUAUUUGAUGAGAAUAACGUUUCACAAGUCUGGCUGGAAGUCGUUGAAAGAUCUUCGAAAUUUUUGCGUCAAGUUGUUACCGGUGAUAUAGGGUCGGGAAGGGUUCCGUGCUGUCCGGUACCAGUUGCCGAUCAGUGCACAGCUCUUUGCCUAUUACUAGAACUAGCCACGCAGCGAGGCACCCUGUCGAGUCUUUUGGAUUCGGUGAUUCUCCUGCUGCAGUUGAGCGAAAAACCCAAAUACCAGGACAACCGCGUGAUGCCGCGGGGCAGCUCCGCUCCUCUGAUACCAUUCCUGCGUCGGCUGAGUCGCAUAGCUGCGACCAAGUCUCGACGUCUCGACGAGAACGUGGCUCCCGGGCCCUGCGAAGCGCUGCUCAAGUACCUACGACUCCCCGAGGCCGAGGGGACUCCCGUUGACCUGCGAAAGGCCGCGGUGAUCGUCAUGUGUCACCUGAGCCGACUAGCCAAGCCCCUACUGCCCCCCAUACCCGAUUUGCUCAGAUCCGAGACUCACACAUUCCAGGAAGUGCUUGCUUGGGGCAACGUGCAGUUUGGCAGCGGGGCACCACCGUACUAUUGCGAUGCGAUCGCCGAAAUCGGGGUCAAGCAGCUCUGUUGCAGCGAAAGAGCUCUGCUGAUACUCUCGCUCGGCGGCAAAGUGUACAUGAUGUACUAUGGCUCGGAGACCCAGUAUCCACAGACCAUCUACGGGUUUGCCGACGAGGUGGUCAUGAUCGCCUCCCACGCAGACGGAAAGCACUACUUGGGCCUCACGAGCAAGGGUAUCGUUUAUUCCUGGGGAAACGGCGACGGUGGGAGGCUCGGGCACGGCGAUAGCUUCUCCUGCGACGAGCCUCAAGUGAUCGAGGCACUGGCGGACAAAAUCGUGACAUACAUUGCUUGCGGUAGCACGUAUUCAGCCGCGAUCACGAGCUCCGGCGAAUUGUAUACUUGGGGCCGGGGUAGCUACGGUCGUCUGGGACACGGUACGUCGGACGACAUUAACGUUCCAACGGUCGUAUCCUCCCUGAACGGCCACACGGUUACUCACGUCGCUUGCGGCAGCGGUGAUUCGCAGACCUUAUGCGUUACCAAUUCGGGAAUCGUGUUUUCCUGGGGUGAUGGCGAUUACGGUAAACUGGGCAGGGGGAACACCGAGAGCUCCAAGAGUCCCAAGAUCAUCGACAAGCUGCUGGAUCAGAAUGUCGUCAAGGUUUUUUGCGGUGGCCAGUUUUCCGCUGCUCUUUCGGCACACGGUGAAGUUUACACUUGGGGCAAAGGCGACAACUAUCGUCUAGGUCAUGGCAACGAGGACCAUUUGCACCACCCAAAGUUAGUCGAUGGCCUGAGAAAUCGAAAAGUACGCGACCUGUCAGUUGGCAGUAUGCACGUGCUUGCUCUCACGGAGGAUCAGCUGGUUUAUGGAUGGGGUCGUAACGAGUCGUACCAGAUCGAUCCAUCUCUCGGACCCAUUGUCUCGGAGCCUACCCUCUGCCCGACACUCAGUGGUAAGAGCAUGAUCGGCCUAGUCUGCGGGCCCAGUCAGAGCUUUGCCUGGUCCAUGUCGAGCUGGUCGGUAGCCCAGCGUGUUGCCUUUGUCGUCGAUGUCUGCGAAGACACGUUCAAACUUUUGGACGGUCUCCUGGCUAAAUCUUGCGAAGGUCUGCCUGGUACGAGGCCUCCGAUGCAAGAUCGCGAGUGUUUGGUCGUCGCAGCCCUCAAUCUACUGAGGUUGCAGCUGCACGCCAUGAUAACGCACAACAUGGACAGUAAGUCCGUCGGGCUGGGUAACACGAGUGCACUGCUCAAUUCGAUAAAGACGCGUUGCGUCAAUCUGGCGAGUAUGUCUGGUAUUUUGGCGACCAUACAGGAGGCUGCUCAAGCCGUGUUACAAACUGGCUGGAGCAUCAUACUGCCUACGGCGAAUGAACGAGCAAAAACACUGUCUGGUUUUCUUCCCAACACCAACGCUCUGGAGAUCAACAGUUUUAACUCGAGCAAUCGAGGUCAGCAGUUUAUGGCGAACCUUCUAGUCUCGAGCCUCAUGGCCGACGGUGGCCUGGAGCUCGCACUCAAGACCGCGAUCAAGGCCGAGAUCACUGAUUCGUCCGACGACAGCAUGGACUUGUCAGCGACGACGGGCUCCAACGAGUUGAACAAAGAUUACAACACCAGUGAGAUGAAAUCCAGCUUCAAUUCGUCCAACGCCGCCACGAUAUCCCUACUGCAACUAGUCAAGCAACUCGUGCGCAACGGAACUUGCAUCACGCAGUCGAGGUUCCGCGCGCUCCAGCAGCAGCAGCAUCAGCAGUUUAGACAGAAAAGGAUCGACAACUCGCCGAGCCUCAGUUUGCUGUUGAGGUUUCAACGAUUGCUCGUCACGCAAAUGCUCAACUGCAUACGCAUGUGCAGCACCGUGUCGGAAUCGCAAGAUCAAGAGAUGCUCGGUGUCGAAUCGUUGCUCAAGAAAUACAUUUUUCAAGUUUGCAAUCACGUCACGGAAACCAUGCCCGUAGCCGUAGAGCUUGCUAGUGCCAGUUCAAAAAAUUUCGUCAUGGUGGCUACCAUUCUCAAGGCUGAUAUCAUCAGUGUCUUGUUACCCGAGCUUAUUAUUUGUUUGAUACUGCUCCAGGUCGAUUAUCCAAUGCUACUGUUGAAAAUGAACUGGAUGGAAGUGUUGUCGCCGAUACUAGAUGCGCUCGAUCAGUUUAACCGUUUGGGACCGACGAUCGAAAAAGACGACGCGGACGAUCUUUCGUGGCCCGGCAUAAUUGCACCACAGCACAGCAACAAAAUUGACAUCCAAGACGAACCAUCGUUGAUUCGUUGGGCGGAUUUGGAGAAUCACAAUCGCGACGGUGGUUUCUGGGUCGUUCUCAACAACAGCGUCUACGAUGUCCAGGACAUAUCCGGAUACGACGGAUCACCGAUGGGCUAUCAGGAAACGCUAAAUAAAAUCAGUCGAGAGGCCCGGGGUGGCAUGAUGGACUCGUGUUUCGUCGGCUACUACUGCCAGCCGGAUCCCCACAACAUCCAAUUCACCAUCGAUGUGACGGACGUCUGCUCGAGUCUCCUCGACACCGAACGCGCUCUCGGCUUUGUCCUCGGUUUACACGCCUACCGACUACGUCAAAGCCUCGCGAUCCAACCCGCUGAGGACGAAGCCAAGGUUUGGCUCGAGGCGAACUUUCUCCGAGGUGGCCUCCAGAUCCUUCAGCCUCCGAAUCCGUAUGAAGAAGAAAAGGGUGAGGCGCGUAGCAACAACUCGACCGCGGCCAACUCGCCAACUGAACCACCCCUCGCGCCGAUCUGCACGAAAGAUGAGCCACAGCGCGUUACCGACGAUCGCGUGCUGGCAUUUGUACAGGCUCUCGCUGAAACUCACAAAAGCGACACCUACGUUCAAGCAUUUUUGGCCAUAGUCGAUCGGUACUGCAAGGCGAACAACUUGCUCUCGCACGUGGACUUUUGCGGUGAUCACCCGGUCGAAGAGAUCGGUAGGCUUCUCAUGGCCGUCAUUAUCAAACACCUGGCCCUGGGACACGAGACGAUAGCGCUGGUCGACCAGGAGCUGGCCGAGGGCAACGUCAAGCUCGGCAAGCCACUGGCCGACAUGGUCAAAGCCAUACACCAGACCAAGUGGAAUCUCAUCCGAACGCGACAGCAGCAAAACCGCAGCUACAAGGAGGUGUGCGCUCCUGCUCAGGAGAAAUGCCGAUUCCUCCUGUACGAGGUGCGCCCAGCCACGAGUUACGAAGUCAAGGGCCUCAGAGAUUUAAAACUCCUGUUUGUCGAGCCGCGCUUCAAGCGAGCCGUGCACAGGGUCAUGUCGGACAUGAGCGAUCUCGAGUCUCCGUCCAAGCCCGAGGACAUAGUCAAUACCUCGAUACAGAACGCCAAAGCGAAAACCAAGGGCGACGAGCUUGAGGAAAAGGCCGAUCCCUCCGCUACGAGUGCCGUUAGCGCGCUGCCGCCGAAAUUCGAGGAGAAUUCGAACGUCGUCAGAAAACUGACGGACAAGUUGAAUCGCAAGCCCUUGGUGAUGGACGCUAACCAACUACUGAGCAACAUAAUCAAUUUCGUGACGACGGAAGAGAGCGGCGACGUAGAGACGCUCAAGCGCGCCAUGUACUGUCAGAUUCAGCGUGUAAAGAUGCGAGAGCAAGGCCUGCAGAUGAUACAAGAACUGCUGCUAAAGGACCACUUGAUCACGUCGGUCAAGUAUUCGCUUCUCAACGGCUGGCUGGGCCUGACCCACGAAAACAAACACCUGGCCCACGGGAUAACGCACUGUUUGAAAAACAUACAGUCAGUCACGCCCUACUUGAGAUCAAAGAUUAUAUUGGCCGAGUCUAAGGUGACGCUUUGGGCCAUACGAGCAUUGCGCGGCUACAUCAUACAAGCGGAACUGCCCAACAAGUCGAACAAGGUCAGCGGCAAGAGCAGUUUAAAUCAGCUUUUCAGAAAGCUGCCCAGGGCUAGAUUUUUACUGACGAUAUUUGGCAUGCUCACCGGUCACCAUCACGCCAACGAGAUCGGCUUGCUCAUCAACUCGGGACUGUUGUCGAGUAUACUGACGCUGCUCAGACAGAUAGGCCCGUCCAAAGUGUCGCCCAUGCGGACAAAGGUCAAAGAGUCGAGGAGCCAGGACACGGGAAUAACGGCCAUCUACGAGGACGUGGUGUACAAGUGCGACAAGUCGAUACAGAUGAGCGGACCGGAAUUGGCGGCGCUCAUGAAGCUUGGAACGAGAGUCGUGCGGGGUGCCGAUUGGAAAUGGGCUGAACAGGAUGGACCGUCGCCCAGUGAAGGAACGGUCAUAGAGGAGCUCGGCGUCGAUGGUUGGGUCCGAGUCAGGUGGGACAACGGCAUAGCCAAUUCGUAUCGCAUGGGCAAAGAGGGUAAAUUCGACCUUAAGCUCGCGGAGCCACCUAUACCACCGGAAAGCGACUCGGAAAGUGAGUCACCGCCAAGCGUCUCGGAAUCCAUCAGGGACGGCUCAAGCGAAGUUCAUCCAACGACUUUAUUGAAAACCGCUUGCGUUACCUUGCUAAGGGCCAUUUUGCUCUCCUGCGGCAUCGAAGCUCAACAGGUGCAAGCUUCGGCCAUAAGAACUCUGUCCUCCGUCCUGCGUGGAAUCAUAUCCAAUGCUAACAAAUCCGACACCAGUAUACAGACACAGAUAGCCAAAGAACACGGAGAAACAUGGGCCACUUUGAGUUUGCUUCGAGCCAUAUCCAGUUCACCGGUUUUGUGUCGCGCUUUGAGCACGACAGUCUGGGUGAACUUUUUACUCGGUAUAGUGGCCGACGAAACAGCCGGUCGACUGCACAAGCAGAUAAUGGCGAUACGGCUUCUGGGCACAGUUCUUCCAUCCUGGCCGUCGGAGAACGUAACCGACAUGACGUCGUUCCUCGAAAAGUCCUUCCGUCUACUCGGUCACAUUGGCUUGAUGUGCGACUCCACGAACGAGCUGCACUCAAACAAGUGCCGAGUUUCCUUGACUGCAGCCCACGGCUCUACCCUCGCGGGCGAAAUGAUCUCUCUGAUACGCAACCUUCACGCCCUGCCCGGAUGGAAUACCACGAUAAAUGCUUUCCUCGCGUCGAAAUUGACACUUGCCUCGGAUCUGUUGAGCGAUGGUCCGCUCUUUCACAUCCAGAUGAACGAGAACGGGGGAGAAAAUAGCCUCGUCAUUCAACAAACGGUCAUGUCGACGCUCAGCGUUUUGGGGGGUCUCGAUAAUCGGCCGAGGAUCGGUGGCGUGAUAGAACUGGACGGGGAGUUGGCCACCAUCUGUAAAUUCACCCACUCGUCAAAGUUGAGGAUACAGAUGCACGAAAGUGGAACGCGCAAGAAAAUUCUCUUUGUUAAUUUCAAGGUGGUAAACGAUAAAUUCCAUCUGGAUAAGAUGCCUCUUACCGAACAGCUGCAAGGCACUUGGGCAAAUUUAUUGCUCGGACACAGUGGUAUGGAUAAGCGACCGGGUGGCAUGCCCGUUAUUGCCGGUAACGUGAACGCGUCUAUUUUGCGAAUGCAACAGCAUCAGUUGGCUGCGCUCAAUGCUGGAAAAACGCUGAUCGAGUAUCAGUCAAAGCUGAGGAAAGUACUAAAGUCUGUGACCACAGGCAACGACGAAGAGCACAGCACGCUCUUGCAAGAUUUGCUCGUCAGGGCCACGAAACCUCAGCCCCUCAAGUCUACGUUUAAAAUCGAAGAGUUGGAAACUGCCGCCCUCAUCAUUAGCCAGUACCUGGCAUCGGAAUUGAGACACACACCAAUCCACUAUCCUGUAAGAGCUUCGGGUUCGGAACCAACAUCUCCCACUUCGGACACGUCCUUAAUUUCGUUGACAUCGAGUCAGAAACGCAAAAACAUCGGGAAACCAAGCAGCUCGGCAGCCAUCGUCGUCGGAAAGUCGGCCAGUCCAAACAACAGUCCACUGGUCACUCAAAUCGUAGAAAUGGGCUUUGAAAAGAGCCGAGUCGAGUUGGCCGUUAAAAAUCUGAGUGCUGUCGAGGGCAGCAACAUAACGCCCGAAACCAUCGUCGGGUGGUUGCUCGAAAAUCCAGACGUCGUCAGCGACACGGAAACGGUAUCGAGUUUCGAGGACGCCUGUGAGUCGGACGACUCGAGCAGCGAUGACGCCGAGGACGAUCCAUCCCUCCAAGAGACGGAAGGAUCCUCGCAGCCGACCUACAUGAAACGAUCGGAUUUCCUGUCGGUCGACGAGUACGCCAUCUACGUGAGAGACAACGUCAAGGCCGGAAUGCUCGUGAGAUGCUGCAAAACCUACGAGGAGGUGGAGUACGGGGACGUCGGCCAAGUCGUCAAAAUCGAUCCCGAGGGUCUGCACGAUCUAAACGUCCAAGUCUCUUGGCAGCAGAAAGGGGGCACCUACUGGGUCAGAUUCAUCCACAUCGAGUUACUGGGACACCCGCCCUCACUGCCAGGACCACCGGCUCUAAAAAUCGGUGACAAGGUGCGCGUCAAGCCCUCGGUGACGAUGCCCAAGUACAAGUGGGGCUCGGUCAACCAUCUAAGCGUCGGCUUGGUCACGGCUAUCUUGAACAACGGCAAGGACGUGUCGAUAGAUUUUCCCCAGCAGAACAGCUGGACCGGACUCGCCGCGGAGAUGGAGCGCGUCCCUUCGUGCCAUCACUCGGUCUCGUGCAACUCGUGCCACGUCUCGCCGAUCUCGGGGCCGCGCUUCAAAUGCAAGCCCUGCGAGAACCACAACCUCUGCGAGAACUGCUUUUACACGAAGCGCACUCACCGUCACGGCUUCAAUCGAAUAGCCGAGCCGGGCUCGCCGGCCGUCUACGCCGGCAGACCCGGCAGAUACCACCGACAAGAUCUACUCGAGCCGUCGCUGCUGGACGACUGGUCCAAGUGCAUACGCACCCUGAGCGUCUCGUCGAACGAGCGCAUGGCGACGCGGCUGGUCGACGGCUCGAACAAGUACUGGCAGAGCUGCGGCGUCCAGGGCGCCCACUGGAUCCGCUUGGAAAUGCUGCCAGGCAUCCUGAUCCACUCGCUCAAGUUGCUCGUCAAUCCGCACAACGGGAGCUACGUACCCUCGCUCGUAGUCGUCAGCGCGGGCGACUCUUUCGACAGUAUGCACGAGCUCGCGACAAUCAACGUGCGACACAACGACUCCACCAUCGCUCUACUGCAGGACGUCAAGGUUUACUACGCCUGCGUCGAGAUAGCCGUCAAACAGUGCAGGAACGGUGGCAUCGAUUGCAAAAUCAGCAAACUCCAGAUUGUCGGCUGCAAGAAGCUGGACCACAUGACCACCUCCGUGUCCUUUUUGGCGUCCGACUGGGAGAUUGUGCAGGAGCAAAUGUCGACCCAUAGAUCCGGCGACGCCCAGCAGAACGCCGCGGUCUACGUCUGGGGACUCAACGACAAGGACCAACUUGGGGGACUGAAGGGCUCGAAAAUCAAGUUGCCCGUCUACAGCGAAGUACUGUCCAAACUGAAGCCCAUUCACAUAGCAGGUGGCAGUAAAACUCUCUUCAUCGUGAGCCAAGAGGGAAAGUUGUACGCUUGCGGCGAGGGUACGAACGGCCGCCUCGGUCUCGGCGACAACAACAACGUGUGCGAGCCCAAGCCGAUUCCCUUCCUCAGUCAGUACAUCAUAAAAAAGGUGGCCGUGCAUUCCGGUGGCAAGCACGCGCUCGCCCUCACGCAGGAUGGCAAGGUCUUUUCGUGGGGCGAGGGCGAGGAUGGCAAACUCGGCCACGGUAAUCGCUUGUCCCUCGACAAGCCCCGGCUCAUCGAAGCCCUCAAAUCCAAAAGGAUCCGCGACAUUGCCUGCGGCUCUGGACACUCGGCUGCGAUCACGAGCAACGGCGAGCUCUACACUUGGGGCCUCGGCGAGUACGGUAGGCUCGGACACGGCGACACGACCACGCAUCUAAAGCCAAAAUUGGUCGAGGCUGUGGUCGGACAAAGGGUCGUCCAGGUGGCUUGUGGGAGCAGGGACGCGCAGACGAUGGCUUUGACGGAGGAUGGCACAGUCUACUCGUGGGGGGACGGUGACUUUGGAAAGCUCGGCCGAGGCGGUAGCGACGGCUGCUACGCACCCCUGGUCAUAGACCGGCUCAACAGCCUCGGAGUCGUGCAGAUCGAGUGCGGCGCCCAAUUCUCCCUCGCGCUCACCAAGUACGGCGAGGUCUGGACGUGGGGCAAGGGCGACUACUUUCGUCUGGGCCACGGGAACGACAUGCACGUGCGCCGGCCCACGAUGGUCGACGGCUUGCGAGGCAACAAGGUCGUGCACGUGGCCGUGGGCGCGCUGCAUUGUCUGGCGGUCACCGACACCGGCCAGGUCUACGCGUGGGGCGACAACGAUCACGGACAACAGGGCAACGGGAUGACCGUCGUCAAUCGCAAGCCCUCGCUCGUUCACGGCCUCGAGGACGCAAAGGUCAACAGAGUCGCCUGCGGCUCGAGUCACAGUAUCGCGUGGGUGCUAACCGACCAACCGACCAUCGACAACCAGGAGCCCGUCACUUUCCCCACGCCCAAAGAUCCGCUGGGGGAAGCCACGCUCGGUCUCGUGCACCAUCACCAUCAUCAUCACCAGGACAAGAGCGAGCCAGCACCGGUAAUGACGAGCGUCAGGCCGUCCCUUGCUCACAUCGUCCUCUCCCUGGAGAGCAACGUCGCGAAACAGCAGGCUCUGCAGCACGUCAUAAAUGCCCUGUCCAUCAUGCAAGCGCGGACCGCAGUUGUGACGGCUCUGCAGAGUCACAUAGCUCAAACGAGCAACGGCAAAGGGAACGCGUCCCCGGAGCCGCAAGACGCAACGAUGAGCUCGAGCACGGGACCGACGGUUCGUUGGGGUAGCAACGACGUUAUCGGAGAAAUCGCUCAGGGUGGUGGCGAGAGUCUGGCUAAUGUCUCCGAGGUUGCGAACAUUGUCGCGAGUCUUCGAGCCACUCCCGAGUCCGAGGACUUUCCCCUGGCCAACUUUUCGUCGUCCAUGUCGAUGUCGAGGUCAAUGUCGUCCAGCAGCGCGAUGAGCGUCAUCGCGGCGACUCUAACUUCGAAUGCUCAGGUCGUUGGUGAAGCAACGAGCUCGGAACCGGGUCUCGACGAGUUCACAUCUCAGCUGACGGAAGAUGACGCGCGAAUGCUCGUGGAUCUGCUGAAGCUCGCGGUGGCCAAUCGAGUUUGCGAAGGCGCCAAGGAGACUUUGUCCUCCGUAUUGACGGCUCUGGGCAAAACAAAUCACGCGAUCGGCGCUAUGUUGCUAGAGCUGUGCGUGACGGAGCUCGAAGAUACGGCAGCGAAUUCCAAUUGCAAGAACAUGCUACCGCAGCAGGUGGUCCAGGAAACUCCACAUCCUUACAUAGACGACACUGUUCUUCAGGGACACGUCAAGAUACCGGGAGCCGAAGCCUUGAGGAUAGAAUUCGACAGGCAGUGCUCGACCGAGAGAACCCACGACCCACUGGUGAUAAUGGAUGGAUUGGGAAGAGCCGUUGCAACCAAAUCCGGUAGGGAAUGGAGCGAGUGGUCCACAGAAAUUAAGAUCGAAGGUGACGAGAUGCGCUGGCGUUUUUCGGCAGACAGUUCGGUGAACGGUUGGGGCUGGCGUUUCACCGUCAAUCCGACGUUUCCUAGUCUAGAGUCCCAAGAACUGGGCUCGGAUCGAGCUGUCCUCUCUCAACCGUCCAUGGCCUUGGCCGAGUGCCUCCUCGACAACAGCUUGAUCGGCCUCGACAAGAAUAUCACGACCCGAUUGGCGGUCGCUCUCGCUCAGUGCAGUCAACUGAGCAAUCUCGAUACCAACCAGCGAAUCUGGGCAUUGAGAAAACUCCAGGUUAUUGGCCAAUACCAUCAUGCCCAGUCUGGCUCGUCACUUACGAAUCUAUUGGGAUCGCUGCCCCAAGCUCUGCUCAGGCAGUACGAGUACGAGGAUCCCAUAGUCAGAGGUGGCAAGCAGCUCAUGCACAGCGAUUUCUUCAAGGUUCUCGUUGCCUUGGCUUGUGAUUUGGAAUUGGAUACGAUGCAGUGCUGCUCCGAGAUUCACAAAUGGUCGUGGUUCCGUCGAUACUGUCUCGCAGCUCGGGUAGCCAAGUCCCUGAUCAAUCGUACCCAAUUGCCGAAAGCCUUUUGUCUCGAAGUCGCAAAACGCAUAAACGAAAUGGUUAUUGCCGACAGCAACGCCAACAACAGCCACGAAAACCAUAACAUCUUCAAGCAAGAGCACGACGAGCAGUUGCUGCAGUGGUUGAGUCGACGGCCCGAAGACUGGACCCUAUCUUGGGACGGUUCGGGCGCAAUUUACGGCUGGGGUCACAAUCACCGCGGACAGCUGGGUGGCCUCGAAGGCGCCAAGAUCAAACUACCCUUGCCCUGCGAAAGCUUGUCUGCUCUGAGACCCAUACAACUGGCCGGUGGGGAACAAACGCUGUUUGCCGUGACUGCAGACGGGAAAGUUUACUCGACGGGAUAUGGUGCAGUCGGUCGACUUGGUACAGGAGGCGUAGAGUCGCUGACGGUACCGACUUUGUUGGAGUCAAUUCAGCACAUAUUCAUUAAAAAAGUCGCAGUAAAUUCAGGAGGCAAGCAUUGUCUCGCGUUGAGCUCGGAGGGGCACGUUUACUCGUGGGGAGAAGGAGAAGACGGAAAGCUAGGUCAUGGGGACAAGGACACGCACACCCGUCCAAAAUUAAUCGAGGCUCUAUUGGGAACGGAAAUCCGAAACAUAGCUUGUGGUGGCCACCACAGUGCGGCGAUAUCGAGCGCCGGCUGGCUGUACACGUGGGGCAAAGGUCGUUACGGGCGCUUAGGACACGGCGACAGUGACGACAAGUACAGACCGGCUGUCGUGACGGCUCUUCAAGGCUACAAGGUCAUCGACGUGGCCUGCGGCAGUGGCGACGCUCAAACUCUUUGCGUCACGGACGAUGACAACGUUUGGAGUUGGGGCGACGGGGAUUACGGGAAACUCGGCAGAGGCGGCAGCGACGGCUGUAAAGUGCCUAUGAAGAUCGAGUCGCUUGCCGGUCUCGGUGUUAUCAAAGUCGAGUGUGGCAGCCAAUUUUCCGUAGCUCUCACGAGAUCGGGAGCUGUUUACACAUGGGGCAAGGGCGACUACCACCGUUUGGGCCACGGCACCGAUGACCACGUGCGCCGACCGCGCAAGGUGUCCGCUCUGCAAGGCAAAAAAAUCAUUUCCAUCGCCACGGGAUCGCUGCACUGCGUCGCUUGCUCGGACAAGGGCGAAGUGUACACUUGGGGCGACAAUGACGAAGGCCAGCUCGGCGACGGCACGACCCACGCUCAGCAAAUUCCACGACUGGUGCACGCGCUUCAGGGUAAAAAUAUAACGCGCGUGGCCUGCGGGAGUGCGCACUCUCUUGCCUGGAGCACGACCAAAGUUUCGCACAGCUUGCCUGCCGCUACGCCGAUGGAGUACGAUCUCGUCAAAGACUUGCCGUUUACGGCUUUGCACAAAAGACUCGUGCUGUUGCAUCACUUUGCGGAAAUGCUGUGUCCCAGUUUGGCCAUGUUCCCUACGGCGGGUGACAUGGGACUCAGCGAGCUCGCCCCGAUUCUCGUUUACACCAUCAAAGAGGCGACAUUCCGAAAAGUCGUGCAGGCAACCAUGGUCCGCGACAAACAACAUGGGCCUAUUAUAGAAUUGAACAGAAUCCAAGUUAAAAAAGCUAGAAGCAAGGGUGGAUUCGCCGGGCCCGAUGGAAUCAAGUCCGUUUUUGGGCAAAUGGUCUCCAAGAUGUCGCUUCUCACGCAGGAACAUUUCUUUUUGCCCCACCGAGUUUGGAAAGUCAAGUUUGUGGGCGAGAGCGUUGACGACUACGGCGGUGGGUACAGCGAGAGCAUCGCCGAGAUGUGCGACGAACUACAAAACGGCUCUUUGCCUCUGCUCAUACCCACGCCAAAUGGGCGGGACGACAGUGGCACGAACCGGGACAGUUUUUUAUUGAACCCUACAGCGAAUUCUCAGCUGCACAUGAGCAUGUUCCAGUUCCUCGGGGUCCUCAUGGGCAUUGCCAUCAGGACUGGCAGUCCGCUCGAUUUGAAUCUAGCUGAGCCCGUGUGGAAGCAGCUGGCUGGUAUUCCGCUGACUCCGGCUGAUCUCACCGAGGUCGAUAGGUCUUACGUACCCGGGCUUUUGUGCAUCCGAAACAUGGAUACGAAGGUUUUCCAGACCCUCGAAAUGCCAUUUUCGACCCCUUCGGCCUACGGACACGACGUGCCUUUGUCCACAAAGUAUCGCAUGAUCACACCGGAUAAUAGGCACGAGUACGUGCGGCUGGCCUUGAAUUACCGAUUACACGAAUUCGACGCACAAGUUGCUGCGGUUAGAGAUGGAAUGGCGAAAGUGGUCCCAGUUCCUUUUCUUUCGCUCUUUAGCGGAAACGAGCUUGAAACCAUGGUGUGCGGUAGCCCCGACAUUCCUUUGGGUUUGCUCAAAUCUGUCGCCACUUAUAAGGGUAUCGAGCCAACCUCUGCUCUGAUCCAGUGGUUCUGGGAAGUCAUGGAGGAGUUCUCCAAUCAGGAAAGGUCUCUGUUCCUGAGAUUCGUGUGGGGCAGAACGCGCCUCCCUCGCACCAUUGCCGAUUUUCGCGGACGGGAUUUCGUUCUUCAAGUAAUGGACAAGUAUAAUCCACCGGAUCACUUCUUGCCGGAAAGUUAUACGUGUUUUUUCUUGCUGAAAAUGCCGCGCUACACUUGCAAAAGCGUACUCCGUCAGAAGCUCAAGUACGCGAUACACUUUUGUAAAAGCAUCGACACGGAUGAAUAUGCCCGAGUCCAGGCGGCUGAUAGUUCGGACAGUCUCGAAGAACUUUAAUUUUACACCCAUCAUUUUUGUUUGAUAGGACUGUUGGUUUUCUUUUCCCACUAGUUAUGGUUUUUUUUUCCGUUUAAAUUAUUUCCAUGUACAGAUCUCGAUAGAAAUUGUUUUUUUUUUUUUUUCUUUAUAAAAUUGAAACAUUUCUUUAACCGCUUUGUAAUAUUCUUUCAAGUGAGUUUUGCGGAAAAAAAAUACAUUACACCUAUGAGGAAGCACAAGUGAAGAACGUUUUAUUGUCCACCUCGAAUCAAGAGUGCGUCGGUACAUUUUAUUUGAGUAUUAGCAACUGCAGUUAUAUUUUGUUUUAAUUGUAUUAUGCAAAUGUGAUAUUAA